GGCGAAGCGGGCUCCGGGAGUGCAAACGGGCCGCUCAUGGCCUUUAUGGUGCCUGCUCCGUGACCAUGUUGUACCGACACGUCCCUUGCACGCGGCAGGAAAGGGACAGCAGCUCCUUCAGGGCUGGGCGAGGUUAAAGGCGCGGAGCUGCGGGCGAGCACAGCUGAGGCAGGAGAACGCAGCCGCCUCCUGCCCCUGGUAGCUUAGCGAGGCAGCAGCGGGAGGAGGAGCCGUGCGAAGCAGCGGCCCAGCCCAGGCGGGGGAAGCGAGGGCUCGGCUCGGAGCAGCAGAGAGGCCAGAGCAGAAAAUGGUCGUUUGGGGCUUGGCGCAAAGGCGAAGCUGCUAGGAAGAGCCGAGCCGCAGCCCCGUGCAAGGGCGGGAGCUCCCCGCGCCGCGGGGCUGCAGCACUUCAGCUGCCGGCCGCAGUGACUCGUGCAUGACCCACAGCAGUAGGACCGAGCGGAGCGCCCGCCCCGGCAGCAUGCAGCAGGACUGAGGAGGCGCAGCCCGGCAGCCGCUGCUGUUCUGUGUCUCUUCGCUUCCUCCGUGCCUGGGCUCUGCCGGCUGAGGGAUCCCGCAGGAAAAUGGAGCCGUUCCCCCACGAUCGAAUUCAGUUGCCCAGGAAUAUGAUUGAAAACAGCAUGUUUGAGGAAGAACCUGAUGUGGUUGACUUGGCAAAGGAGCCUUGCUUGCAUCCAUUGGAGCCUGAUGAAGUGGAAUAUGAGCCAAGAAGUUCACGACUACUGGUGCGUGGCCUUGGAGAGAAUGAAAUGGAUGAGGAUGAAGAGGAUUAUGAAUCAUCAGCGAAAUUGCUGGGCAUGUCCUUCAUGAACAGAAGCACAGGUCUCCGUAGUAAUGCAUCUGGCUAUAGUCAGAGCUCAGAUGGAUCAUGCUCAGUGCCCUCUUUAAGGACCAUGGUGGUUUGUGCAGUUGUUCUUCUGAUUGCAGUUUCAGUAAUAAUGGUGAUCUACCUUCUUCCCAAAUGUACCUUUACCAAAGAAGGCUGCCAUAAAAAGAACCAUACAAUGGAACUGAUAUAUCCUCUAGCAACUAAUGGAAAGAAAUUUCCAUGGGCAAAAAACAGGCUUCCCAGUAAUGUUGUACCACUACACUAUGAUCUCAUCUUGCAGCCAAACCUAACAACUACAGAGUUUGCAGGUUCUGUACAGAUAACGGUUAAUGUCAUCCAGGUCACUUGGAAUAUCAUACUUCAUAGCUCAGGACUUAAUAUCACCAAGGCAACUCUGACUUCAGCAGGUUGGAAUCAGGCAAAACCAGUUGAAGUCCUGGAAUAUCCAGUGCGUGAUCAGAUUGCAGUUGUGGCCCCUGAUGCUCUACUUGUUGGGCAGAACUACACCCUCAGCAUAGACUAUUCAUCUAAUUUAUCAGAUACCUAUUAUGGGUUUUACAAAGUCUCCUACAAGGAUGAACAUGCUGAGAAAAGAUGGCUUGCAGCAACUCAGUUUGAGCCUCUGGCUGCAAGGUCUGCUUUUCCCUGCUUUGAUGAACCAGCAUUUAAAGCCACUUUUCUAAUUAAGAUCAAGAGAGAUGAACAGCACUCCACGCUGUCAAAUAUGCCAAAGAAUGUAACCAUCCCUGUGGCAGCUGGAAUAGUUCAAGAUGAGUUCUCUAAGAGUUUGAAGAUGAGUACUUACCUGGUAGCGUUCAUUGUUGCAAAUCUGAAGAAUAUCAGUAAGGAGACUAAUAGGACUCUGGUAUCUAUAUAUGCCAUGCCACAGAAGCUAGGCCAAGUUGAGCAUGCCCUAGACACAGCAGUGAAGCUCCUGGAGUUUUAUCAGAAGUAUUUUCAUAUAGAGUAUCCUCUUCAAAAAUUAGAUUUGGUAGCUAUUCCUGAUUUCCAGGCAGGCGCUAUGGAAAACUGGGGUUUAAUCACCUUUAGAGAGACCACACUCCUUUAUGAUGAUAAAACGUCUUCAGCAAUGGAUAAAAAGCUGGUAACUGCAGUGAUUGCUCAUGAGCUGGCUCAUCAGUGGUUUGGUAAUCUAGUAACUAUGGAAUGGUGGAAUGAUCUUUGGCUGAAUGAAGGAUUUGCCACUUUUAUGGAAUACAUUGCCAUGGAAAGAACUUUCCCAGAGCUGCAGACUGAUGAAGAAUUCCUGAAACUACGAUUCAAGACUAUGAUGAAAGACUCCUUAAAUGCCUCACGUCCAAUCUCCUCUGCUGUCCAGUCUUCAGAGCAGAUUGAAGAAAUGUUUGAUACGCUUUCCUAUAUCAAGGGAGCUUCCCUUUUGUUGAUGCUGAAAAAGUAUAUUAAACAUGAUAGUUUUCAAGCUGGGAUUGAGAAUUAUUUGCAUAAUCACAGCUACGGAUCCACCCGGAGCGAUGAUUUAUGGGAUAGCAUGAAUGAGAUCACAAAUGGAACACUAGAUGUAAAAAAACUGAUGAAAACCUGGAUUAUGCAGAAAGGAUUUCCCUUAGUAACUGUUAAAAGAAAAGGAAAGAGUCUCUAUGUCCAGCAGGAGAGAUUCUUGCGCAGUGUGGAAUCAGAAAAUUGGACAUCAGAUGCAAGUUAUCUGUGGCACAUUCCUCUCUCCUACACUACUAGCAGUUGCAGCUCUUUCCUCUGUCCUUAUGCAUAUUUACUGGACCAGAAGUCAGCUACCAUUGAACUUCAGGAGGAGGUGAAAUGGGUAAAGUUCAAUGUGGACAUGAAUGGCUACUAUAUAGUGCACUAUGCUGAAGAUGACUGGAAUACUCUCAUUAACCUGCUGAGGACAGAUCCCAUUGCUCUGAGUACCAAAGACCGAGCUCACCUGAUCAACAAUAUCUUCAGUCUUGUGGGUAUAGGAAAGGUGUCUCUGUUGAAGGCCUUUCAUCUGCUUGAUUACCUAGAGAAAGAGAACCACACUGCACCAAUCAGUCAAGCUCUGUUCCAAAUGAGUCUCAUCUAUGACCUCGUAGAAAAAAGAGGAAUGCAGAAUCUUGCUGCAAGAGUAGUGGACAGAGUUAAAAAGCUACUUGGAAGCAAAAUUGAUCAACAGACUUGGACUGAUAAUGGGACCUUAUCUGAACGAGAGUUCCGGUCUACUGUGCUAGCCUUUGCCUGCUCCCAUCACUUGGGAAACUGUGGCACCACUGCCACCGAGCUGUUUAAGGAAUGGAAGGCUUCCAAUGGCACGAAGAGUCUGCCUACUGAUGUUAUGAAGACUGUAUUCACAGCAGGAGCAAAAACUGAUGAUGGCUGGGAGUUCCUUCUAAACAUGUACACAUCUUCAGGUUCUGAAGCUGAGAAGCACAAAAUGCUUGAAGCUCUAGCCAGCACAGAAGAUGUUAGAAAACUGAUUUGGUUAAUGCAAACAAGCCUGGAGGGAGACCUCAUCAGGGCACAGGAACUUUCGCAUAUCAUAGCAACUGUCAGCCAAAGUCUGCCUGGGCACUUGUUGGCCUGGGACUUUGUCAAAGAGAACUGGGAAAAGCUUAUACGGAAGUUCCACUUGGGGUCAUUUGCUAUCCAGAAUAUAGUUACUGUGUCAACCUUUCAGUUUUCAACAGAGGCCCAUCUACUUGAGGUUAAAACUUUCUUUGAGUCCAAGUCAGAGAAGAUUUCUCAACUUCGCUGUGUCAAAGAGGCUAUUGAGACAAUUCAGCUGAAUAUUAAGUGGAUGGAGAGGAACUUAGCGGCACUGCAGCAAUGGCUGUAGAGAACAUAAUGCCUGUGUGUGUGUUUGUGUGUGUGUUAGCCAUUAAGAGAGCUUGUGAACUGUUGCUUUUGCAAAAGCCAGGGUGAAACCAGGCAUCGCUGCAACAUUGUUUGCACUAUUAGGGGUUCUAGUUAGCUCAGGGCACAUCUCACCUAAGUUUGUUUUUCUUUUGGUCAUUUGUGGGCCAGAUGUAGAUAUUUAUUUAUUCUGGAACUGUGUUCAUCUAUAGACCAAACAGCUGCAUAAAUAACUAAUAAAUACAGUAAUUUUAUAUUGGAAACACCCUGUCAUUUGAAAUCCUGUCCUAUUGUUCUCUACACUGGGUAAGUAUUGAAAAAGAGAGCAACAAGGGGAAAAAACUGCCACGAGAGAUGCUUUUUCUUUGCAGAGCGCUGGCUAAUCAGUGUUCUUUAUGCAAAACUGUUGAUAGCUUUGGGUUUAGCUUUUGAUGAUCAAAGAGUUUUUUCUAGACGUUCUAAAAACGUAAGCAUAUACAGCUAUUAUUAUUAUAUGUAUUUUUGUCUAUUACGUGGCCAGGUGCUACUGAUAUUAUAUGAAAAGAAAACACAGCCAAAUAGCAAAUACGAAUGUUUUAGGAGGGGAGAGAUUUUCAAAAGCAUCUCAGUGACUUGGGAGCACAUGACUUACUGAAAGUCCGUGAGCAGUGUGCUCCUAACUCAUUAGGCACAUUUAAGGGUCAAACUUUCAGUUGCCAGACUCUAUUAAUAUUGUUUUGUUGAUGUCUGAGCAACAGUGCCCCCCACCCCACCCCAAAAUGCCAUAGGAAGUUUCUCCAGACUAGUUCCGAUGGUGGACUGACUCCUGAUUGACUACUGAUCCUUUUCACCAUUCCUCUUUGCGGAGGGCCUGCAUUUGGUACAUGUGUGUCAGGCAUUUUGUUUGGGUCUUUAUAUUCUUCACUUAAUUUUUCAGUAUCACUGGUAUGAUUUGUGUACACUGCUUACUUUGUAAUGCUUGCUUGGUAUAACACAGCGGUGGUGAAGUUUUUGUCUGUAUUUGGAUGGUAUCGUGCAACAACUAUUGAGGACAAAGCCUAAAACUUAUUCUAGGAACAAGUGCCCUAAAAUCUGGCAUGAUAGGCUAAAAGGCAAGAUAGCCACAAUACAAUGUGCCUUUUUUCUAAAGCAAUUCACAUUUAAGGCCCUUUUAGAGGCCUGGUGUAAACAUAGUUUUACCUCCUUAACUAAAGAGAUGAUUUUUAUACCUGUUUAGUUAAAGUGGUGGCAAGAGAGAAUGUGUGAAUUUUCUUAUGCUUGUUUAGAGCUGGCUAACAUCACAUUAGUUUGUAUAAGAAAACUUUCAUGUACAGCCAAACUGAUAUAACCAGUUUUAAACCAAUGUAAGAGAAUCCAAACAAACAAGUUGCAUCAGUUAAUUAAUGGAUUUAAGUUAAACUAGUGCAAAUUUUUUACAGACAAGCCCUGAGAAAACUUUCUUCAAAAAGUGGGGAGGCUAUUUUCAGUCCUAAUCAGCUUUCAUUUUGAAUUUGUCACCAUUUUAAUACAGGCUCUGGUUUUUAAAAAAAUAAAAUUUAUAACGACUGCUAAUUGUGGUAGUAAUGUGCAAGAGAGGUAGGUAGGUGAUUAGUGAAAACUACCUAGUGAAAAUUAUAGUAUUUGUUGGCUUUUCAUCAGUAGGUAUGUACUAAAUCAUUUAAACUAUGCAGUUUCAUUUCCAUAUUUUGUUCUUCUCUGACAAAAGUUUACUUUACUUUAAAAAUGAGUUCCGCAGUUCUAAACUUGAAAAAGAAUAUUACUCCUCCUGGGUGCGCAAAACACCCUGUCAGCAAGUGGAAAUGAAUGCAUUUUGCAUGCACUGAAAGUGGAUUUGUACUCCUCCUCAGUAAUUGAAUUAGAUGUAAUCCUAAUUCAUUUUGUUCUUCAAUCACUUGUAUUAACUGCAUUGUGCAGUGAUGUUCUCUCCCCCCCCCCCCAGUUAAUGUUAGUUACAUCUUUGUAUAUUCUCCUCUGUGUGUUUGUACCAUGUGUUUUUUUUUCCUUUUUUCCAUUUCCCUGUUCUUUUAAUUUUUUUCCCCGUUGACAACAGCAAAGAUGAUGGAUGUCAAACUUUGUAGAGUGAGAACUAAUAAUAAUCUCCUCAAUUCCAACUCUGGGAUUUUAAAAAUGUUCUACCAUUGAGAUUAAACAUGUUACUGGUAAUGUAGUCUGUAUUAGGAAAUACCCCACACUUCCAUUUUAGAGUGCAAAAUAUAGUAAAAACUGAAACAGUUUGGAAAAUCAUGGCUUAAAAAAAACAAAAACCAAGGAUUAUUUCAUUUUGCCACUCAGUGCACUGAGUUUUUCACCUUUUUUGAACAUGAUUCAUGUUUUCAAUAUCACUUGUCCUUCUUUGGAGUGCAUAGUGUGUACUUGGGAGCCAACUCCUACUGACUUCAAUGAGAAGCUUUUCCUUGACUUCAGUAAGAAUUGGAUCAGGCCCUGAUACUGAAAAGCACGGAGAACCAUCAUCUCUUCCAGAGCUCAUUGGGAAUUGAGGAGAAUUGGCGUGGCUAAGGAUCAAGACACCAGGCAUGUUUUACAUUAAAUGAGUAGAUCUUACCAGUUCUUUUGUCUUCCAGUCAAAAGAAACACACACAUUGUAGCAAAACACUUCUUGUUACAAUUCCAUAAUAGUUUACAGGCAAACGUUCUGGAACAAAAGACUGUAAGUCUUGGGCCAUUGUCUUUAUUUUGUUUCUGACAUGUCACAUGUAAAAUUAGCCUAACGGGGAAAAAAUGUGCUAAUGAAUGAGGUGUUUUUUAGCUUUAUCCCUGGAAAACAGAGCAGUCUGCAUGCGGAUGUAUCUUUGAUUUUAUUAAAAUUGCAAAUUCAUUUAAUUAAUGCUAAA